AACAUUUCUAUUGAGUUUGUUUUUGUUACCGGUAAUAUAACAAAAGAAAUUGUAAUAUCGUCAUUAAUAGUAUAAUAUAUUUCUAUAAUCAAGAAAAAUGGUCGUCAUAGAUCCCGGUGCGUGGUCUCCCGACGACACUAUGCGAAUUUUAAUAGCUUCAGAUAUACAUUUAGGUUAUCUGGAAAACGACGCCGUUCGCGGGGAAGACAGUUUCAUUGCUUUCGAGGAAGUCUUGUCAUUGGCCGUUCAGUACGAUGCGGAUUUGAUAUUGCUCGGUGGCGAUCUAUUCGAUCACGCAAAGCCUUCCCCUGGGUGUAUGUUCAAAUGCACACAACUCAUCAGGAAGUACUGUUUAGGAGAUAAACCUAUCAGUGUGGAGCUGUUGUCAGAUCAGUUGGUGAACUUUUCUCGUGUCGUCAAUUAUGAAGAUCCUAAUUUAAAUGUGUCAUACCCUAUACUGUCUAUACAUGGUAAUCAUGAUGACCCCGUCGGGCAAAGCAGCAUCAGCUCUCUCGAUAUUUUAUCCAUCACUGGUCUGGUUAACUACUUUGGUAAAUGGACAGACUACACUCAGGUUCGGAUCACACCUGUUCUCAUGCAGAAAGGAGCCACUAAACUGGCCCUGUACGGUCUCAGCCAUCUCAAAGACCAGCGGCUGUCUCGACUGUUUGCAGAAAACAAAGUGGAAAUAGAACGACCCGAUGAUGGAAAUGAGUGGUUCAAUUUGUUAACUUUGCAUCAAAACAGAGCAGACCGGGGCCCCAGUAAUUAUAUACGUGAAGAUGUGUUGCCUAGUUUUUUGGACCUAGUAGUGUGGGGUCACGAACAUGACUGUCAGUUGUAUGAAAUUAAAGAAAAUAAAACAGACAAUGAAAAAUUUUUCGUUGUGCAGCCCGGGAGCACAGUUGCAACUUCGUUAGCAUCAGGUGAGGCACUACCGAAGCACUGUGCACUAUUGCAACUGCAUAAAAGUGAUUAUAUACUGACACCUAUCCCAUUGAAGACUGUUCGCCCUUUUAUUUUUAAAACUAUAGUCUUGUCUGAAGAGAAUUUGGGAGCAAAGGAAGUUAAUGAAAAUGAAAAGGUACAGGAAUUUUUAAAAUCAAGAAUAAAUGAAGCUAUCUCCGAAGCCGAGAAGCUUCGCAGUGGGGAUCCUAAGCAACCGGUGCUGCCCUUGGUGAGGCUUAGUGUAUUUUAUGAACGGGAGGAGCAGGACUUCAAUAGAGUGAGAUUCGGACAAAACUUUUACGGUUUAGUCGCCAACCCAAAUGAUAUAUUAAUUAUGAAGAAAGAAAAAAGAAUAAGAGAGAAAAAGGAGCAAAUAGUGUCAGAUGACAAUCAUAUUGCAGGAGUAGCCGCGGAAGCCGUGGACGUAGAAUCUCUGCUGCGAACUUACUUUGAAUCUCUACCUGCGGAGAGAAAACUCCAAGUGCUAUCGGUGCGCGCCGUUACAGAUGCGGUAAGAGAAUUCACCAUAAAACACGACGAUGACGUAUUCAGGAAAGUCUUCGACGCUCACAAAGCCCGAUUCGUCUCGUCGCUGCUCGAGUCUACGGCGGAUGACGACGAGGAAGUCGCAGACCAGAUUCGCGUUUGUAAACAAGAGCUGGAUGCGGCCGACGACGAUCAGCUCAGGAAGCUCAUAGACACAACGGUAACUCCAAAGUUGGCCAACACUUCCAUGAAGCGCGCCGUGGUGGUGCUGUCGAGCGACGACGAGGCCAAGGUGGAGGAGUUCACGGGGCGCGGGCGCGGUCGCGGGGCGCGGGGCGCGCGGGGGGCCCGGGCCCGAGGUCGCGGCCGGGCCCGAGGCCGGCCCGAGCCCGACACGCCGCCCGAGCCCGCGCCCGAGCGCCGCUCCACGCCGCGCCGGUCGGCGGCGCAGAAGUCCGCCAACUGGCUACAGAACUUGGCCACGUCGCGGCGACGUCGCGAAUCGUCGGAUAUAGAGGAUUCCGACUAAAAUAUCUGCUAUUAAGCAUUCCUUUUCAAUAAAAUAAUUUAAAAAUUAAUGGUCUCGUUAUUUUGAUUAAUAAAAUAUGUUUUCUGUUUAUUAAUGGUAUGGUCAGAA